CACGUGGGGAGCGCGCGCGCACACGAGCGCCACAAGAGAAUUUACAUACCACAAUUAGCGCUAAACGCCGCUCACUUUCAAAUCUGGCGUCCACAAGAAAAGACACGGCUAGGAAGAUCUUCACAGCUCACUGACUUCGGACGGAGCUACAACCCCAAACACUCUUGUGCAGCUGAAUUGGAUUCGUUUACCAGCCAUCACGUAUCAAGUUUGUCCUCGUUAACGGCAGCUCUGACGUCCUCGAUAUCGUCGAUCAUUUCGUCCUUUUUGGAGUUGUGUCGAUUCCCUUAGGUUUCUGUGUCACUGGAAUCAUAGUGAGACCACAGGUACUUCAACACAGUUGUGCAAACUACAGCCAAGACUGUGCGAACCGCUGGUCCUCAAGUGUCCAUAGUUACGAACCACAGAGGAUAAAACUAAUCAAUUAUCUCAGCUGACAUUUCUAGAGGUCUAAAAGCUCUGUAAUUAAAUACUGCUAGCAUCGCAUCUUUUAAAAAGUAGAUCAACUGAAGUUUGUAUUUCAGUAACACCAAAUAUCAAGCAGUUUGACAAGCAUUGGCGUUUUUUUUAAAGACACUAUGAAAGAAGCAAACUCAGUUUCCACAACUAAAAGCCAGUGGUCACGAGUGGGCCCGGCUACCACCAGGGUAGACUGGUUCAGUGCCACAGGAAGCAUGGACUCGGCCACACGUGUCCGUGCCUUCUCGGACAACAUGCUGUCGACAGCAAAGUGGGAGAGCGAGGUGGACGAUGGGACAUUCUUGUGGUCCACGCGCAACACGACGACAGCGGCCAGAAACGCCACUCAUCCCCUACAUGACAUGGAGGACUUUCUGCGGCAGAAGAACGACGAGUUCACGAUGCUUGUCAUCCCCGCUAUCGUCUUCCUGGGCAUUCUCUUUGUUAUAGGGGUGAUUGGCAACACACUGGUUCUCUACGUCUACAACCGUAAGCUCCAUAAAGGCACCAUCCGGUGGUUCAUUCAGGCCCUGGCCAUCUUCGACCUGCUGAGCUGCCUGGUGGCCAUCCCCGGCGAGACCAUAGACAUGAGAAACAACUACACCUUCGGCGGCAGCCCCAUGUGCAAGAUCCUGCGCAGCGUCAACAUGUUCUGCACGGUGGCGUCGGGUAUGACGCUGAUGGUGGUGGCGGUUGAGCGCUAUAAACGCAUCUGCACCCCGCUACGCAAACAGAUCUCCCCCCGCCAGGCACGCAUCAUCAUCGGAGUCUGCACCCUCGCCGCCCUCGUCUGCGCCUCGCCAGCUGCCGUCAUCUAUGGCAAGCAGACGGUGCAGACCGACAACGCAGCCAUCAACGGCAGCGACUGCUCCACCUCCGACGUCUUUCUGGGCACGGUGUACCCCAUGGCCUUCAGCUCCUUCCAGUUCGUCCUCUUCCUAGCGGGGGCUGCAGCGCUUAUCGUCUUGUAUAUCCUGAUCGGCCGCAAGAUCUGGUCGCACGAGCGGUUUCGGAGGAUCGGUUUCAAUACGGGCAUCAACCGCCGAAUCUCUUUCAUCUUCGCAGGAGGGUCGGAGUGCUCCUCCCCGACCACAGACGACGUAGUGUUCACCUUUCCGUACCGGCGGAAUGGAGAUGAGGCCAGUAGCAGCAGCAACAGCAACCAUAGUAACAACAACAACAACGACGAUCAGGCAGGUCAGGCAGGCCCGGAGUUCCAGCAGGCGAAUAUACCCUCCGUCAAGAGCGAGCCGCACAUCGCAGGGAAAUGCAGCACCACGUCUUUCGAAAAGUCACGUGACAGUCCCAUGAUCGCCCAGUUCGACUCUUCGCGGAUCGCCACCAGCGGCCCUAAGUCGUCGAUCCCGACGUCCUCCACAGCCGCGUCGCUGACGAUGGUUCCGACCAACACGCUAACCUUCAAGUCGAACCAGCGCGAGAGGGCAAAGUCCGCUGGCGAGUCGACCCUCAAAGGACGCUACCGCCGCCGGUCCACCGUCCACACGCAGGCCGACAUUCGGCGAUUCCUCAAUCGGUCCGACUCUGUAAACUCCGGCACGCGGCGGACGACCCUCAUGCUGUUCCUCAUCACAAUGGUCUUCCUGCUGAGUUUCCUGCCCUACCUCGUGUUAAACGUCCUGAAAGUGCUGGACGACGACUCCCUCAGCGGCGACGGCAACGCGUGGGAGGUGGCACACAACAUCUUGCUACGCUCCUACUUCAUCAACAGCGUCGCCAACCCCGUCAUCUACAGCUUCUGUUCCAGGACAUUCCGGACCGAGUGUUCGAGGGUGCUGCAUUGUAGCUGCUGCAGAAAGUGACUGUGCUAAAUUUGACAGCUUCUUCAAAAGAACGUCUGAGAACAUUUUCGCCGUUCACAAACACCAUAUCUAAAUCAUCUAAGGCUGUAGCGCUUAGUAAAGCGCCCAGGCCGAAGAAAGGCAUGGAAGGACUGUCAAUUUACCGUAACUCAUUCCCCCCUCCAUCAUCCCUCACUUUAACCCCCCCCCCCCAAGUUACCAAACUUUGGCAGACAGGCGGACAUUCUGUCUGCAAUGGUUCCUCUCAAAGCUUUAACCUUCCAGUGUCAUCUUGUUUUAAAUGUAUAUAGACGUUUAUAAAAACAAAACAAAAACCUCAAAGGUUAUCCAGGGCACCACUUGUCAGUGUCCAUGCAAAAGAAAGUAAACCUGUAAUAAAUAUGCUUUGAUGUGUGACAGCAGAUAUUCUGUGACAUAUCCCACAGGAGCAAGGGUCAGUGAUAACACAUCUCGCAGGAGAUGAAAAGAACAAGAGAAAAUUUCUCAAAAGUUCCCCAUAUGCCAUGUUGGAGACUAAUCGUAUCGAAGCCAAGACGUGCACACACACUCACAGUAUGAAUUAUAUCAAUAGACUUGUUGCCAGCAUGUUAUUCCUUCUCAUUACUGCACUGUAAAUUUACAGUUAUCUAACCAUGAAUAGAAAAGCUAGUAUGAAAACAUAAACGCACGCCUAUUCUAUAAUAAACUUUUUUUUUAACCACAAGUCUGUCUGGCACAAUAGUUUGCACCGAUUUCUGCUGUGAACAUGUACAUAAGUAAACAUGUAAAUAAGACUGUUGUACAAUGCACUCUAUUUAUAACACCUUGAUCAAGCUUUUGUUGUAAGGCCAAAUAUUCUACUACUCUCCAUCUCUCUCAGAGACAGGAAAUGUUGCUGUUUCUGAAUUUCCUACAGCACCGCUUCUUUAUGAGGUAGUAAUAAUCGCUGCCAUUAUUUGCACUGGUAGAAGGCUAUCUAGCGAUGCAAGAAGUACUGAUGUCAGAGUAUGUUGUAUCACUGGCAUCUUCAAUUAAGACUCAGCUUGGACACAAAACAUCAGAUAACGGCCAGCAGUGGGAGCACAAGUUUUGUUUAAUUUCCACUCUUCCCAGAAACCAGGUAUUUAGUAUCUUCAUCUUUCUAAAAGGUUUGCUGGCUGCUUUUAGUAACAGCUGUUGUUUCCAUUUGCUGCUUUGGUUUCUGAUUAAACUCUUUCUAAACCUG